UACUAAAGAGAGGGAGAGAAAGAGCAAUGAGGGAGCUAUAGGGAGACACUGGGAGAGUCAGUGCUGCCAAUUGAAGCCACAACUGCCAGAGUCUGUACGGUAUGUGUAGUGUUGUGUUGUGUUGUGUACUACCAGUUGUUGUAUGUGUUGUCACAACUGGUAAUACUAUGCAUAGCAUAGCAUGCAUUGUGUGAAUGCAUUGCAUUGCCGUUCAAACAUUCAAACAGUGAACAAACUUAUCAAAGAUUUGAUGUCAAACAAUGUGUGUCCGACCACUGUUUCGGACCUUUUAUUAUCGAUCAGUGACCACAAUCGGGUACUAAUUGUUGUAAUAAAUGUUUGAAACAACUUUAAGGUGAUAUUCAAUACGUGGUUUGACCUGAAAAGUGAAUCCAAAGGUAGUGAACAAGUGGUGUAGUGUUUGCAAUGGCUUUCGUCGACACCAACACUCAUACGACUUAUACCUGUUUUACCAGUGCUUACAAUAACAUUACGGGAGACAACCUUUAGUUUAAACAACGGUGUUGUGGUGUUUGUGUCAUUUAAUGGCAGUUAUGGCUCAACCACAUGAAGCCAUGAGUUUGUAUGAGUUGCGGGAAUUAGCUCUUAGACAACAACAGACCAUUGAAUCAACUCAUCAGAUGAUAAUCAAUGGCGAACAGAGACUCAAACUUUUGAAGAGUGAUCAACACCUCAAUCAUGCCAUUCAUGAAUACGAUCGCAAUGUCCAGCGUCUCAAAGAGUCGGUCACUCAACAAGAGCUCAAAUUAAGACAAUUAAAUGCUUUGAAAGCACAGGUAUUGAAGCAAAGAUCAACCAAUGCUAACAUCUGUUCAGAACUGGAAUCGAUUCGCUCCUUAUUUAAUGAAAAAGAAAAGGAGUUAUCGGUUGCGUUGACCAAAGUUGAUGCACUUACCAGACAAUUGGAUGAACUAACUAAUGGCAACACUUCCAACAGUUAUCAUAUCAAUGCACUCACUAAUGCCAAACACACCGUCGAGUUAGACAAACUUAAACAAGAGUUACUCUACAGAAGUAAAUUAAGUGAACAAAAUGGUCAUCAAUUGAUGCUCAAGAGGGGUCUUCUCACACAAAGACAAUCAGAUAUGAUUAGAGUGGAUAUGAGGAUCAGUGAAUUACAACAACGAUUAGCCAGAAAAAGACAAAUCAAUCAGCAAUUGUCUCAACAGAUGCACUCAAACAUAAUUCGUGCCAAUAGUUGUGGAUUAGAUGAAAAUGAGUUACUCCUUCACAAUGGAUUGUUGAGGAGUUCAGUUGGUCACACUGGACAUCGACAUAAUGCAGUCAAUACAUUAAGACCAAUGAGUGCACACAUGAAUAUUGCCGCUGUCGAGCCUGUGCUUAGGGAUCAAACACAACGGAUCCAUAACAAUGAGUUUGAAUCACAUAUUAAUGUCAAUAAAGAUUUUAUUGGUUGCAAAUUGGAUCCGAAAUAUCAAACAUUACCAUAUAAUACAAAAUUUGGUAUAAGACAACUACAACAACAAUCACAUUAUCGACUUAAUGAAAGUUUGGUGGCAAAUCAGUUAAGUGUUUCAACGAUUCAACAAAAUGAUAGAAGCGAUGCAAACAGUUUUUUAAAUAACGAUAAUAAUAAUAAUAAUCACAAUAAUAGUAAUGUGUCUAUCAUUACGAACAUUAAUAAUACAAAGCCUAUGACAGGCAAUAUGAGUUCAACAUUAGAGGAGAGACCGUCACCAUCAGGAAGUAGUGGUUCAUCAGAUCGGGCAUCCAUACCAAACAUUAACGGCAUAACUGCUUACAAAUUACAACAAAUGCACAAUAAUAUGAAUAACAGUAAUUCAACACAACAUCCCUACCAAAAUGUCAAUUUAAAUAUGAUUAACACUAUUAAAAACAAUGAUUCAAAUAGUAGUUCAUUGAUAAAUAACAAAUCAAUUAAACAAAAUAUUCAUAUUAUUAAUAAUAAUAAUCAUAAUAAUCAUAAAACACUAACUAAUUCAUUGAAUUUAAACCAAAAUGUGAUUCAUAGCCAAUCAGUGCCAACAAAUACCCAAAUAAAAAGUCAAUCACAACAACAUAUUAGUAGUUUAUCUAAAGUGCCACCAAAUACCAAACCUAAACCAGUAGUACCCCCUAAGCCGUCGGUACCGGUGAAACCAACACCACCACCCCGUCAAACACCAAAUCAUUUAUCUAAUGCUCAAAUAUAUAACGACACAAUUGAUGUCAAUGCUUAUUCAUUACAUACAAAAUAUAACAACAAAAUACCAUACAAUUUAUUGACCAAUACUACUAAAGCUACAAUAAAUCCAUCUAAUACUGGCUAUAAUAGACUUCCUAUGACAUCACUGGCCAUUCACAAGACAUAUAGCUCGAUGAAUGGUAAGUUAGGAUUAAUGAAUGAACAGCUGCCACACCAUUGCCAACAACCAAACCAAUUGAUUCUCCAUUCCUAUGAGGAUAAGAACCAAUCUUAUGCUAACCAUAAUACCAGUGAACAAACACAUCACUCAUCAAACGAGAUCACAGAUGGUUGUCAUUUGAACGGAUCGACGGUCUCUCAGACGACAACCAUUGAUACACUUUCGUCUUUAUCUUCACUAUCUUCUUCAUUAUCUUCACAAAAUAAUAAUGACAUGAAAUCAAUGAUAACCUCCAAAAGUGAUGAAAAUGAAAAUACUUUCAGUUUAAAGAAAAACUCUGUUCUUAAUAAUGAUAAAAGUAUUAACACAACUGUGACUAACAUAUCAAACAACAAUAAAAAUAUAAAUAAUUUAUCAAAUGAUUGGCACAAAGAUAAGAGACGUCCAGUUGUGGCAAAUAAUGAAAUCGAGAAGGAAUUGGCUCUUCAAGUAUCCAUUGAGACGACAAAAUCAAUUGACUUGGAGUUGAAUUGUGAAGAGAUAAUGAAAACACAGUCAGAUGUAAAGUCAUCGCAACAAUUGUCUUGUGAUUUGAUUAAAGACAAUUCAAAGCAUAUGAAUGCCAUAACAAACAAAAUUCAAAGCGAUUUAACGCAAACCAAAUUAGAUAAACUUGUCGACAAAGACCAAGAAAGUGAUAUAAAUCUAAUCAAAGAUCAACCGCUCAAUGAUGUGAAAGAGGAGACCAUUCGCCAGGGAUUAGACGUUAAUGCGAUGAUUGAGAGCAACAUCUCUAACAAAGACUAUAAUUGUACGGAAACUGCGAAUUCUGAAGAUGUUCUGCAAAGCCAUAAGUCUGUAACCAAUAUUAUCGGCUCUAAGAGAGUCAAAGGGAACCUCAAAUGUCAACAAUUGGAUCGCAAAGAGGACACUAAUAGCUCUUGCAAUGGAAAGCAUCCACUUGUGUCACGAAGAGUUAGCUUUGAUCCUCUGGCGCUUCUAUUGGAUGCCGCACUCGAGGGUGAACUCGAACUCGUCAAGAGAACUGCCAAAGAAGUGCCAAAUCCUAGUGCUGCUAAUGACGAGGGCAUAACAGCACUGCAUAACGCCAUAUGCGCCGGUCAUUUAGAUAUUGUUAUAUAUCUUGUCGACAAUGGAUGUGAUGUCAAUGCACAGGACAGCGAUGGAUGGACACCAUUGCAUUGUGCUGCAUCAUGUAAUAAUUUGGCCAUGGUCAAGUUUCUAGUAGAGAGAGGCGCCUGUAUUUUUGCCACCACUUUGUCUGAUGAAGAAACUGCUGCAGAAAAAUGUGAAGAGGAAGAGGAAGGUUUUGACGGUUGCUCUCAAUAUCUUUACGGAAUUCAAGAGAAACUGGGAGUUCUCAACAACGGACAAGUGUUUGGUGUUUAUGAGUAUGAGUCACAAAAUGCUGACGAACUCAGCUUUAAAGAUGGAGAUAUGGUAGUCAUACUGAGGAAAGGCGAUGAACAGGAACGGGAGUGGUGGUGGGCUACCAAUAAUGAGCACCUGGAAGGAUAUGUACCCAGAAAUUUGCUCGGAUUAUAUCCCAGAGUCAAACCUAAUAAAGAGCUUCAAACGAUUGCCGAAGAAAAUAAUGAAUAAAUUAAUCAAUAAUGACAUCUAUAAUACAUAACAAAUUAAGCUAUAUAUAUAUAUACAAUAUAUACAU